CGUAGGAAAAUAGUAAUUAGUGAAUAAUCAAGCUGUGAUUCGAUUAAUCGAAAUGGCGGGAAAGGAUACUAGCUGUCGUUUUGUCGCACACUGUAUUUCCGUUUCCUUCUGGUCGGUGUUCUCUCUGUCCUUGUUAUAUUGCUCCCUUUAUUUUUAUCGCAUAUUAUUGCUCUCUCUUCCUAUACUAGUAGUUAGAAUCCUCAUUCAUAGAAGGCAGCACAUUUUCCCCCGAUUAUUUUAGGUAACGCUGAACGACUAAAACCGAAACUGAUUUUUUACGGGAUCGAUAUUUCUAGACACCCUUUAGCGCUGUAAUUAGCGAAAUUUAUUCAUAAAUAAUGAAUUCGAAUUUUAAUUAAAGUAAAGGAAAAUUAAAUACUCUGUUUACAAGACAAAGAUGUAGAACAAGUGAUAUUUACUUGGUAAAAAGUCAAAUGUCAGUUUAUGUUACAAAUAUGAGCGCGCUUAUUUUCGAGUUAAAAUAUUCGUUGCAUUUCCUGCGACAUUGAUCAAAACUCUAUUUCGAUGAUUGUUGUCAAGGCAACGCGCCAUAAUGGCCAUCUUUGAAAUAUUUUCAUGCUCCGUCAAUUAUAAAUAUAAAAGUAAUAUAUGCUCCCUAAGUUUCCUCGUCGUGUUACUUUUUGUAACACUGUCGUUGCUUACACCAUUUUUCAUUAUUUAUAACGCGGGAGGAUUCUCUUUGAAAAAUCGUGUAUAUGCAGAAACACCCAAUGUAUUGUUCACUUAUAAAUAUCUACUGUUAGCUUACAGGGAUUAUAACAUUAAUCCAAUAAUUUGCUCGACGUUCACAUCGUACAAAAAUAAUAAAAUUACAGAUGACUGCAUAUUAGUAAAGGUGCAAGAGAUAGAUACAAAUAACGAUGGUAAAAAGGAUAUUUUAAAAUUCGAGGCCCAUUUCUAUACAGAUAAACCGAUCAAGUCUCUUAAGCUUUUACUUUUCUUUAAUUUUAGACUAAAGCAUUUGUUUAAGGUAACUGUAGAAUCUAUUGCUGUGUUUAAUCAUGUAUUAAACGAAGAGAUUCAAAGCGUACAGUUUUCUGGAGAUUUAACCUUGGAGCAGAAAGGUCUUUUUAAUAACGAAGGUUUACAUGAAACGUAUAAUCACAGUAUAGAAAUGGCCGAUUAUUCGCUAGAAGAAUUACUUAUGAAAAAUGCUAACAGAAAACUUUCAGCAAAAAUCAACAACGAAUACGUAACGAGUCAAGUCGGUUAUUCGAACAAAGAUGCGGUAAUUGUCCGCGGAGAGAUAAUCUAUCAGGGACAUUUAAUUUAUUAUCAACCUAGUAUCUGGGAAGAAUUAAAAUGGGCUUGGGUUCAAUAUUUAUCAUGCUUUCUCAUCUUUCAUUACGUAACGAAACAAAUUUUGGUCUUUUUAUUUUCGAAUCGGUAUUUGAACUGUUAUGUCGUGGUCCCAUGGAGAAGUAAAUAGUUUGUAAAGAUAUUGUACAGGCAAAGACAUGCAUAUCGUAUAGAUGAAGGUACAGAUAUCCGUAUAUUUAACUGUAAAAAUUUACUUAUCAUUCUCAAGACACGUUAAUACGGUCACUCGGUAACAAUCUAUAACAUGCAAUCUAAUGUCACUCAACAUUAGAUAACGUAAACGGGAUCGAUAUUAACUUGUUAAAUUUGUAUGGACUAGGCAGGGCCGCAGUUUCUGCAAAUUUUAUACGCCUUAUUCGUUCCUUUAAAAACUAAAUAUGUUGAAAGAAAAAUACAAACCAGACCCGAAGUAAUUACAAAGAGAUUGUUCGACCGAUGGCUAGGAUUAACAAAGUUUGCUUGUAAUUUAUUAGUCGUAGAGUAAGUGUUUAAUUCAAGUCCGAAUCAAUUACGCACGACGUCGAUUAAAUUAUUUUGAACUUAAUAUUUUGUAACGAACAUUACUAUGUAAGAUUAUAAUGAUUCUAACAAAGAAAAUGUACAACUUUUCUUCGUUAUUAAACAGUAAUCGUAGAGAAUGCAUACAGCAAUAGCAACAUUGC